GCAGUCACCGCGUUUAUUCUGUGCACCUGCGAUCCAGCAAGCCCUAGAAAUGCACGCAUGCGUGUGUGUGUAGACAUGGACACAGAUACAUACGCAGUUUGGCCUCGUGUCGCCACACUCUGGGCACGGCGUGGGCUGGGACAUUUGGAAUAAACGGAUCCGAGUCGCAGCCGGGGUCGCACCGGGAGGCCUGAGGCUGCGGAAGCAGUUAAACUGCCGGCGGGGCGGGAGCUGUGGCGGCCUCCCUUCCCCACCCCCAGCCCGGCUCCACGUCUUUGGGUUCUGCAGCUGCCACUCUCUGGGUGGCGGUUGGCCUAGGCCUUGGGGUGAUUAAUAUUCAAUUAAUCGGGUGCACAAGUCCCGGUCACAGUUUGCCCUUUCUCUACCCCGCCCCUGGGGUGGGCUGGAGGCCGAUUUGGUAGCUAUUCCACGAGCAGGAUCCUCCUUGGCCGCAGACCCCCGCGGAGAGGGCACUUUCUGGGUACUCUUGCCGCUCCUCCAGUCCCGGUUCUCCUGAGCCGCUUCGCCACCAGCUUCGUCCCCCUCCCCCUCUGCCCGGCGCUCUCCGCCUAAACCGGGCGUCAGCCGCCCUACCCCACCCCUUUCUCUCUCAUUGGCACGUCUACCCCCACAGUCCCUUUCCAGACGUUCUCUUCAUUCCGUCCCCAGUGCUCCGAUCGUCGGUUCAUUGGCCCUCCUGGAGCCCGGAGGGUGCGGCUUCCCCACCCCUGCGUCCACCGCGCGUCCGGACAGGGGCAGGCGGGACUUGGCCAAUGGCGUCGGGGGGCAGGGCAGGGGCGGAGCCGGCCGGCGGGGGACCGGGGUGCGGGGCGGGGAGCGCGGGGAAUGGCUGCGCCGCCGGAGCUGUGUGACGCGGGGCGGGCGCGCGCACCCCGACGGAGGGGAUGGGGGCGGGGAGGAGGCCAUAAAACGAGAGGCGGGGCGCGCGCCGCGGCAGAAGGAGCGAAGCUCUGGCCCGGCGUGGAGCGGGCGCACUACGGGGACGCUGGGCCGGGCACCGGGCUGUGUGGAGAAGUGAGCGCGCUCGUCUGACCCCCGUGCCCGCCACCCCGAGCCACCAACGGCGAUCUCCCAAGGCCUGCCCGAGGCCUCUGUCCUCUGUCCUCAGCCCCGCAGCGGCGACGUCUUGCACUCGGCGAGCUCGCCGCUCCCGACCCUCCCGCGCCCCCGCCCUGCCGCGCUGCUCCCCGCCCAGCCGCGGGUCUGUGGUCCAAGCCGCCCCGAAGCAGCCCGAACAAGAUCACUCAAGGUGAAGGAUAAUCUACUAAUACCAGCACUUUGAAUGAAAAUUUGUUUCUCUGCCACAAACUGAACAUCUUUUUUUUUUUUUUUUUUUUGGUGGGGGAGUUGAAACCUAAUUUUGUGGCGUAGCAGCUAUGCAGCUUGAAAUCCAAGUAGCACUAAAUUUUAUUAUUUCGUAUUUGUACAAUAAGCUUCCCAGGAGACGUGUCAACAUUUUUGGUGAAGAACUUGAAAGACUUCUUAAGAAGAAAUAUGAAGGGCACUGGUAUCCUGAAAAGCCAUACAAAGGAUCGGGGUUUAGAUGUAUACACAUAGGGGAGAAAGUGGACCCAGUGAUUGAACAAGCAUCCAAAGAGAGUGGUUUGGACAUUGAUGAUGUUCGUGGCAAUCUGCCACAGGAUCUUAGUGUUUGGAUCGACCCAUUUGAGGUUUCUUACCAAAUUGGUGAAAAGGGACCAGUGAAGGUGCUUUACGUGGAUGAUAAUAAUGAAAAUGGAUGUGAGUUGGAUAAGGAGAUCAAAAACAGCUUUAACCCAGAGGCCCAGGUUUUUAUGCCCAUAAGUGACCCAGCCUCAUCAGUGUCCAGCUCUCCAUCGCCUCCUUUUGGUCACUCUGCUGCUGUAAGCCCUACCUUCAUGCCCCGGUCCACUCAGCCUUUAACCUUUACCACUGCCACUUUUGCUGCCACCAAGUUCGGCUCUACCAAAAUGAAGAAUAGUGGCCGUAGCAACAAGGUUGCACGUACUUCUCCCAUCAACCUCGGCUUGAAUGUGAAUGACCUCUUGAAGCAGAAAGCCAUCUCUUCCUCAAUGCACUCUCUGUAUGGGCUUGGCUUGGGUAGCCAGCAGCAGCCACAGCAACAGCAGCAGCCAGCCCAGCCGCCACCGCCACCACCACCACCACAGCAGCAACAACAGCAGAAAACCUCUGCUCUUUCUCCUAAUGCCAAGGAAUUUAUUUUUCCUAAUAUGCAGGGUCAAGGUAGUAGUACCAAUGGAAUGUUCCCAGGUGACAGCCCCCUUAACCUCAGUCCUCUCCAGUACAGUAAUGCCUUUGAUGUGUUUGCGGCCUAUGGAGGCCUCAAUGAGAAGUCUUUUGUAGAUGGCUUGAAUUUUAGCUUAAAUAACAUGCAGUAUUCUAACCAGCAAUUCCAGCCUGUUAUGGCUAACUAAAAAAAAGAAAAUGUAUCGUACAAGUUAAAAUGCACGGGCCCAAGGGGGAUUUUUUUUUUUCACCUCCUUGAGAAUUUUUUUUUUUAAGCUUAUAGUAAGGAUACAUUCAAGCUUGGUUAAAAAAAUAAUAAUAAAACAUGCAUCAUUUUUCAUUUGCCAACCAAGCACAAAGUUAUUUUAUACUGACUGUAUAUUUUAAAGUAUACUCUCAGAUAUGGCCUCUUACAGUAUUUAAGAUAUAGCAAGGACAUGGCUGAUUUUUUUUUUAUAAAAAUUGGCACUAAUAAGUGGGUUUAUUGGUCUUUUCUAAUUGUAUAAUUUAAUUUAGUACAAAGUUUGUAAAAUAUCAGAGGAUAUAUAUAUAUUGUUUCUACGACAUGGUAUUGCAUUUAUAUCUUUUUACUACAGUGAUCUGUGACAGCAGCAGCUUCAUGUUGUAUUUUUUUUACUGAAAUUGUAAAAUAUCCAUCUUAAAGACAUCAACUAUUCUAAAAAUUGUGUACAGGAUAUUCCUUUAGUGGUGGAAUUAAAAUGUACGAAUAUUUGCUUUUUCAAAAAAAUGUAUUUUCUGUUAAAAGUUUAAAGAUUUUUGCUAUAUAUUAUGGAAGAAAAAUGUAAUCGUAAAUAUUAAUUUUGUACCUAUAUUGUGCAAUACUUGAAAAAAACGGUAUAAAAGUAUUUUGAGUCAGUGUCUUACAUGUUAAGAGGGACUGAAAUAGUUUAUAUUAAGUUUGUAUUAAAAUUCUUUAAAAUUAAAAA